CUUUAUUUUUUCUCGGCAUUUCAGGAUGUUUCUUUUGCAGACGAUAACCGGAUUGAGACUGGUUCAGUUCUUGCAAUGAACGAGUUGACGUCACGUGCACCUGAAAAAGAAAGAAAACCAUUCUAGGUCACCAUGGUAUUGAACCAAUGGCCAUGGGAAGUACUCCCACCAGCCCUACCAGUCCCAUGCCUGGCCACUCAUCUCAGUAUCUACCCAGCUACCUGCUUGGAGACUCCAUGUCUCACGGUGUAUCUCCUGUUUCUUCCCGUCUCUGGGUCAGCAGCGGUAACAGCCCACCGAGGUCUUCACUCCACCGAGCUAGCUCCCUUACCUCACCUAACACGUCCCUGGCUCACUACUCAACACCGAGUCGUUUUGAGAGUAGCGUGAGAGUAAAAGAAAAGGCAGGGGCUCCCCCAAUCAAGAGUCUUCUUCAGACCACAAGCCCCUCCCACUCAAGUGUGUCUAGUCCAUUUAGCACACCCUCACAGUACCCUGCCAGAAGUGGCGGCCUGUCUACGCCUGCUCCACCAACCACAGGCCUGUCUCAUGGGCUGUAUGAUACAAUGUAUGUGACACCUGGCGACAGCUCUCAUGGCAUGACAUCCUCUCGAAUUGCAAUGUCCCCGGCCCAAAUGGACCCGUUCUAUACACAGGGUGAAUCCCUCACCUCAGACGAUGUUCUUGAUGAAACAUGGAUCACUGUGUUCGGAUUUCCCCCAGCAGCGGCCUCCUAUAUACUACAGCAAUUCUCUCAGUAUGGCAAUAUACUCCGACAUGUUUUAACACCAGAAGGGAACUGGAUGCAUAUACACUACCAGUCGAAGAUACAGGCCAAGAAAGCUUUGAGCAAGAACGGCAAAGUUCUGGGCAACAAUAUUAUGGUUGGGGUGAACAGCUGUAUAGAUAAAAAAGUAAUGUUUGGUGACAAGGAAAAUAUAGGUUUCUCCGGCACUAGCAGCUUGACAUCGACACCAGGACUGGGUAAUGUGACCUCGCCUGCUCCCUCUGGUCUCAAGAACACUCCAAUCCGCUCACUAGCCGCCUCUUACAAGGCAGCACGCAGCGAAAAUGAGGUUGUUCAAAGCAGUCAAGCUCCCAGGAAAAACACCGGUUUCGUUAGUAAAGCUAUGGAAUACAUGUUUGGAUGGUGAUGGCAAUUGACGUGGAAAGAACUAAAGGACAUGUGAUAUAAUCUUGAAUAGAAUAAUCUGUGUAUAUUAACAAUGCAUGUCUUUGCCCAUUAUAUUGAUUGAUUAUGUAAUUUGUAAAUAGAUUUCCAUCUUUUUGAAA